AUGGUAUCUAAUUUCCCAAACCACUCAAUUUUACAAGUUUGCACUGGAACAAGCAACUCAAGAAGGUCAUUGCUUCAACAGAAAGAAGAAGGGGAGGGGGGGGGGGGGGGGGGGGAGGCAACGAACCCAAUAGACAGCUACUGGAGGUGCCAGGCCAACUGGGAGAUGAAUCGAAAGAGUUACGCCAAGUGCGCACUGGGGUUUGGCAGGAAGACUAGGGGUGGCGAGAACAGCCGCAUCUACGUCGUCACUGACCCCUCUGAUAGCGACAUGGUCAACCCAAAGAACGGCUCCCUCCAUUACGGUGUCAUCCAGAAGGAGCCACUCUGUAUCAUCUUUGCCCACGACAUGACCGUCCGCCUCACCCAAGAGCUCAUUAUGACAUCCAACAAGACCAUCGACGGCUGUGGCGCCAACGUUCACAUCGCCAAUGGCGCUGGUAUAACCAUCCAGUUCGUCCACGAUAUCAUCAUCACUAACCUCCACAUCCACGACAUCAAAGCCACCAACGGCGACGAUAUCCGUGAUUCCGUCGACCACUACGAUCAGCGCACCGCCAGCGAUGGCGAUGGUAUUAACAUCUUCGGAUCCACCAACAUCUGGAUCGACCACUUGUCCAUGUCCAACUGCAAGGAUGGACUCAUCGACACCGUCAUGGGUUCCACCGCCAUUACCAUCUCCAAUAACCACUUCUCUAGCCACGACCAUGGGUUGUUGUUAGGAGCAAAUGACACCUACGCCGAUGACAAGAAGAUGCAGGUCACCGUAGCAUUCAACCACUUCGGACAAGGAUUAGUACAGAGGAUGCCCAGGGUCCGAUGGGGAUUCACCCACGUGGUGAACAACGAUUACACCCACUGGGAAAUGUACGCCAUUGGUGGCAGCACAUACCCAACCAUCCUUAGACAGGGUAACCGCUGCGUUGCUUCAGAUUCAUCGGCAUUCAAGCAGGUUACCCAUAGGGAUUGCACAAUCGAGGACGUGUGGAAGAACUGGGACUGGAGAUCUGAGGGUGAUCUGAUGGAGAACGGUGCCUUCUUCAUCCAAUCUAGAUCCCCAUUAAAGAAGGAGUCCUUCUCCAGCGAAGACAUGAUCAACCCAAAGCCCGCCACCCCUGUCCCCGAGCUUACUCGCUUUGCUGGUGCACUCAUCUGCACAGUUGGCAAGCCUUGCUAA